AUGGCGGAAGACAACAACGCUCUCCUCGCCCAGAUCCUCGCGGCAGUCAGCCAGAUCCAGAGCGACAACAAAGCCCUCGCUGCCUCUGUUGACGCCAUCAAUGGCCGUGUAAAUGCCCUCGCGGACGUCAAGAAGCUCAAAGAUGCUGCCCGCCCUGACACGGCCCGCGUUUCUGCCCUCCUGCCGCCGCCGCUGCACCAUUGGCAGAUCUCUCCCCCGCGGCCGAGACAAAGCGGAAUUGACCCCAUCAUCAUGAAUUGGGGACACAAGGACCCGAUGCAACGGGGCCCGGUGGUCGUUUCAAGAGCAGGUUCAACUGUCAGGCGCAGGAACGCAAUUGGUGCCCAUGGUGGCUCGUACACCCCUCUAGGGCCCUUCCCUCAAUGGUCCGAUCCCAAGAAGAUUGUUGCGAUGGACCCUCUCGGUCAUCUUGCGCCAUGGUUGUACAAGGAUUACAUUGGAAAGGAAGAUGUCGAGAUUCGUCCUACCAUUGCAAUUACCAAAGCCCACAUGAAGCUACCUGAACUCGAGCAGAGUGUGAGGGAAGGUCGAUUGAAGGUUGAUGGCAAGAUCUGUUUGAACGAGUCAGGUGAAUUGGCUGUCACCAAGUUCGCCGUGGAGCCGGUCUGGUAUCUACCAGGUGUUGCGGAGAGAUUUGGAAUCGAUGAGGGAACCCUUCGCCGUUCGCUAUUCGAGAAUACCGGUGGUUCAUUCCCCGAGCUCAUCACCCGCGGUGACAUCAAGCUGUUCCUUCCCCCAAUUGGAGGGUUGACAGUAUACUGCUUUGGCGAUGUCGCGAAAAUGUCCGAUCCUAACGUUAAAUUGGCCCUUCGGGUCCACGACGAAUGUAACGGUUCCGAUGUGUUUGGAUCUGAUAUCUGCACAUGCCGUCCAUACCUUAUCUUUGGGAUUGAGGAAGCUGUGAAGGAAGCUCAGAAGGGUGGAAGCGGAGUCGUCGUCUACUUUAGAAAGGAAGGUAGAGCGCUUGGUGAAGUCACUAAGUACCUCGUAUACAAUGCUCGUAAACGCGGUGUCGACAAAGCCAGCGAUUAUUUCAUGAGAACUGAGAACAUUGCCGGAGUAAAGGAUAUGAGGUUCCAAGCCCUGAUGCCCGAUGUACUCCAUUGGUUAGGUAUCACGAAGAUCGACAGAAUGCUCAGCAUGUCCAACAUGAAGCACGAUGCGAUCGUUGGCCAGGGAAUUCCCAUUCACGAGAGGAUUCCGAUCCCGGAUGAGCUGAUUCCGGCAGACUCCAGGGUUGAAAUUGAUGCGAAAAUCCAUGCUGGAUACUUCACCACCGGAAAGGUGAUGACUAUGGAGGAGCUCAGCGCCGUUCAGGGACGUGCGUGGGACGACCGGGGAACCUCGAUUGAUCUUGUGAUUACCUGGUACUCGAGUCCUUCUCUUUAUGGUAAUUUCACUUCACAUCUUGUGUAUUGUACGUUUUUCUGCAUUAAGGCCUCUUAUGUUUUACGAUUCCAAUGA